AUGUCUACUACUCUCCUCAAGAAACAGAACCUUCCUGCCUUCAAGACUAAUGUCUUCUAUCGAGAGGCUGGUGCGCAGUCUGCACCAGUAAUUCUCCUUCUGCAUGGCUUUCCCUCUUCUUCUCAUCAAUAUCGCCACCUGAUCCCUAUUCUUGCGACCAACUACCGCGUGAUCGCACCCGAUCUUCCUGGCUUCGGCUUCACAACGGUUGCAGAAGGUUUCGAGUAUACUUUCGAUAACCUUGCGGACGUACUUUUGAAGUUUAUCGACGCUCUAUCUAUCACAAAAUAUUCUAUCUUCAUCUUUGACUAUGGGGCCCCUACUGGCCUUAGGCUUGCAUUGAAGAGGCCAGAGGCGGUUCAAGCAAUCAUCUCUCAGAAUGGCAAUGCAUAUGAGGACGGCUUGGGCGAAUUCUGGGACCAAAUCCGGCCACUUUGGAACAGCGGCAAUGAUCCCAAGGUCCGAUCUAAGCUAGCAGCCGGCCUGCUGAGCCUUGAAGCCACCAAGUGGCAGUACGAGGAAGGAACGCAGAAAUCUCGGGUCGUGGCUCCAGAGUCCUAUACGCUCGACCACGCACUGCUUCAGCGACCUGGAAAUGCGGACAUCCAGCUUGAUUUAUUUUGGGACUAUCAGAAUAAUAUCAAGCUUUAUCCACAAUUCCAGCAGUAUUUCCGAGAGUCUCAGGUGCCGUUGCUGGCGGUCUGGGGUAAAAAUGACCAGAUCUUUAUCCCUCCUGGGGCUGAGGCAUUCAAGCGUGACUUGCCCAACGCAGAGGUACAUUUCCUGGAUGCUGGCCACUUCGCGGUUGAGACGGAGACGGCGGAAAUUGGCGCCCUGAUCCUGAAGUUUCUGGCCAAGAAUGGAGUCUGA